AUGGUGGAUCUAUUCCUUAACCGAGUUCUUGUGGAAAACAACUGGGACCAGGAUGAACUCAACACAGAGCGCGAGAUCAUUGGGAUCCUGGAAAACCGCAUCCUGAUGCUCUUCUUUGCAUCUGCGGAGUGUGAAAAGUGUCAGCAGUUUGUACCUGUUCUGAAUGACUUUUUUAAGAAGUUGAAAGAUCCGGCCUACAUUGAAUACCCCAAACUGCUCGCACUCGUCUACAUUAGCUUGGACCAGGCAGAGGAGCAGCAAGAGAGAUUCCUCAAAGAGCUGCACAAAAAAGUUCUGUUUUUGACCUUUGAAGACCCAUACAGGACGGAAUUGCAGACAAUAUUUAAGGUGAAGGACAUUCCAACAGUAGUGGUCCUUCGUCCUGACUGCUCGGUCCUCUCAAAUGCUGUGCAGGACAUCUGUCGCUUUGGUUCAGACUGUUUCCAUAACUGGCAGGAAUCAGCAGAGCUCAUUGAGAGGAGCUUCAUGCUUAAUGAGGAGUUUGAAAACAUAAAUCUGCGUAGUGCCACCGACCCUGUGAGGAGACUCAAAUACAAGACAGAGGAUGACAAGAGGAAAAAGAGAUGGUGGAAGUUAUAGGGGAAAGGCAAAGCUGAAAAAUAAUAUGAGGAAGAGAAAGAUACAGCUUGGGAUAUGAAGCGAAAGGAGGGAGAC